UGUCAAAAUGGAUUCAAGUUCUUUCCUCAUCAAAGAAUACGAAAGUCUGUAUAAUGAGAGCAGGAAAAAAUCCUCAGGAGUAGCUAAAGCUUGUAAAAAUGCAGUCAAAGCUCUGAAAGAAAGCCAGAAAGACAUUGAGCUGGUCUGCGACAAGCUACUGGGGCCAAUAGGAGAUAUAAUUGAACUCCGGGAAAAGAGGCUGUAUCCAAGUGCAUUCUCUAUUUUAGGAAAGGUCUGCAUGACUACCUACCUUACUAAAGAAGGCGCAAUGAAGACUGUAGAGGUUCUUAAAUAAUUUGAAUAAAAGCUUAUCCGAUGAGAUGACUCAAAUACAUGUCUUGCAAAUCAUAAUGGUUUGAAUUUCUCCUGUUAAAUUUUCAAUGUCCCAAACUUUUGUUGAUAAUGUUCUCUCAAUACUCCUGCACAUGUACCUAAGUAAGCAAAAAUCAGUGAUGAGUACUUCAAAAGCUGCACUUACUCAAUUGUUUAAUUAUGUAAUAAAUGACCUUGUCAAGUCACCAUCCAGAAAGCCCAAAGACUUCGAACCUGAUGAAGAAACCAAAGGGUCAGCAAAUGAGAAAAUGGAGGAGCUCAAAAAGGCGCAAGACUCAGAUCAAACUCUAUCUAUAGUGGUGAAGUUGUUAAAUGGCCUAGUAUGCCAUCUUCAUCCUGACAAAGAGUCUGUGUGGGACUUCCCAGUAAAUAACUUUACCACAGCGCUUGUGCUAGAUCUCCUAUCUGUCAUCAUUUCAGAAGGCAAAGAUGAAUUAUCCAACUACAAACAAAUUAUGAUGAUCCUUGACGAAGUGUUUGAUCCUUUAUUAGGACAAAUCACUUCAAUGAAAAGUAAUUAUGCUAUAAGUAUCAGAAUGGUCAACUGCAUCACACUCUUCGCGAUUCAUAUUGAAUGUGGUCUUGAGCCAUUGACAGGAUGGUGCCUAACAUUUAUCAACAUAAAGUCAAACACUUGGCAGAAACUAAUAGCUUUUGAAGUCUUAACCUAUAUUUUCAACUCUAGAUCUCUUGUAAAAACCUUAUCUGAAUCAAACGAGCAAUAUUGCUUAGCCAACAUCCUCACCAUCAUGGAGAAGCACUUAGAAGUAAUGGAUAAGCAUCUUGACGAUCAAAACUACGGCGAAUCCCACCCAAGCUAUCAAUCCCAAAAGCUCUACAAACACCUGGACGAGAAAAACUUCGAUUGUGUUAUCCUCCCUCCAAACAACGCUGUUCUCAUAAAACUUCUCGUUGAGAGCCUCAAAAACCUCAGUUACAAAUUCAACGACCUCUCUUCUCUCCCUCUCGAGACCUUCAAACAAAAGAUCCUGACCAGCACACACAUCCACAAGACCCUAAACAUCCUAACCACCUGUCUCGACAGAUGCUCUGACGAGAUCAACAUCCAAACAAUCCUGCUCACUUUCCAAAACCUCUUAUACAUCUCAGGCAAGAUCGGCAACUCAAAAUUCCGUGCUACCAUCAUAAACUCCUUAGCUAAGUACGCUUGCCCUGCUGGCUUCAAUAAAAUCUCUAAGAAGAACAUCCUUGUCAUAAAGUGUGCGCUUAAUAUAUACCACUGCUUGAACGAGUACCUUGACUCUAAGUGCUGGUACUAUGUGUACAAGAUUUUUCAGAAGGUAGAACCGGUCAUUAGGAAGGAACUUGGCCUACAGCCGGUGGAGGAAGCUAGGAUGGGUGUACUGUUGGAUGAGAAGACAAGGGAGGAUAUAGAGGAGGUCAGGAAGAACCCGAGUGAGAAGGGAGAGAGGUUUAUGAUGAGGAGGGAGAGUGUUAAGAGACCUAUUAAUAGACGAUCGUUUGUGAAAGAAGAGGGGAAGUUUAGAGAUGGGGUUCAAGCUGUGAGGGAGUUUACUGCGAUUAAGAGAAAGACAGCAGUAGGUCAGGCAAUGAAGGAGGAAACUGAAGAGGAGUUGGAACUAGAGCCUGUGUUGCAGAGUAUGGAUAUUACAGGCCAUCAGAUCGCUGGGCAAAGUUUUAGUGAUGAGAUUAUUAAGGAAAUGUUAUCUGGGCUAGGAGAGCUGUUGGUCAGCAAUGUUGAAGAGUCUAACUCUCCUACAGGAAAAGCUACUGCACAAAAGAAGAUUUUAAGUGAAAUGGUACCUAAACAGAAGAAAAGCCUUUUCUCUCUUAGAAGAAUGACAGAGAUCUGACUUGUUAAUAUACAUCGAAUCGAGAAUUUUUGGGAUAUCAUUACUGAUCACUUAAUGGUUAUCUCAGUCUGUAACAAUGAAGAUUUUAGACAGUUAGCUCUAGAAGCUUUUAGAGUCUUAAUUAUUGAAACUUUUCAAAAGAGGAGUCGAGAUUUCAGAUUAAAGCCAAACUUAUCCCAAAACUUAUCAAAAAUUCAGCCAGAUACUGAACUAGACCACUCUGACCUCGACCCUAUAAAAAUAGAAAGCGAUGCUAAAGAACUAGAUUGUGAAGAAGAUGUAACACCUGCUGGAAGAAGUCUCAAAAAUAUGAAAAUGGAAAGGUUAUCUCUUUCACCUGCCAAAGAAGAGAAUAAGAAUGAUGAAGAAGAGAAAGUUCAGUGGAAUCCUGAUGAAUGGCAAGCAAGAAUCCUUAAGCCUUUUAUUGACUCCAUCAGCUCUCAGCCUUAUGAGGAAGAGCAGCUUUCUAUUUUAAAACACUUAGACAAGAUUAUAGAUAUUUGCUAUGAAGAAAUUAAUGAAAAUGGGUGGAAGGUUAUCAUUAGUUUCCUCAAAGACCUCAAAUUUGCAAGAAUCUCAGAAGUUGUCUUCAAAAAGGCAUACGACAUUGUUGAGGUUCUAAGCUGAAACUUUAUUGAUUUCAUUGAAGCAGAGAACCUUGAAAACCUCAUUAAAACUAUCAGAAAAUAUGCUUCUUAUCACCAAGGAAAAUUUGAGCUUCCUAAAUCAGCCGAGAAGAGUUCUAGAGAUUCCAGAGGAAGUAAAAUAUAUAAAAGGAUUUUCAAAUAUCUGGUGCUAAAAGAUGUAGAUGAGGAAAUCAGUAUUAAUAGUGACUCUGAAGAGGAGUCUAAAAAGAAUAUCUUAGAAGAAACCAAGCAGCCUUCCUCAAAAUUUGGCCAUGAGAUCUCUCCUAGCACAGUUUAUCAUUUCAAGUUACUUUUUGAAGAAGUUGGGAUGCUGUUCAAUGACUUCCAGUUUAAUUACAAAAUUAGAAAAGCUUUAAUUAGGUCAGUGAAAUACAUGAUGAGAAACAUGCCUUUUAACUGUAGUUCUAACCUAUGGGAGCACUUAAUCACUAAAAUUGUAUUCGAAAUGAUGGAUAAGUCAAUUGGAAAAUAUCUAGACCAAAUUUGUGGAUUCAAUACUUCUAAAGCUAGAGAAGUCAAGCAGCAUGAAGUUACUCAAUCUCUCCAGACUCCUACUUUCUCCCUCGGGGGAGGUGGAGGAGGAGAUUCCUCUGGUAAGAAAGGCGUGAAGAAGAAAAAUGAGAGAAGAAUGAAAUUCAAUGAUGAAGUUAUCAACAGAUUCCACCAAAGGAAUGAGGACAAUCAACCUGAAGCUGCUGCUUUCGGGGCUGCUCCAGAGGAAACUCCCAAGACUAUUAAACCUUCUCAAGAGAGCCUAGACGAUCAGAGCAUUUGCCUUUUAUUACUUGAGAUUUGUGAAAUUGGGCUCAAACAAUACAGAGGAAUUUAUGUCGAUUCAAAGCCGAAAUGCCACAUGAAUCUUGCGAACAUGUGGACAUCGCUUUCAAAAAUUAUUACUCCUUUAAUCAGCAAUGCAUCUGCUACCCUCCUCGAAGGAAUUCUUGAGUUUUUUAUUUCUAUAUUAACCUCUGAUUUGAGAGAGUAUAUCUACAAGAAAUAUGAUAGCAUAACUCUAGGAAUUUUCGAAGAAAUCAAUAGUGUUAUUAACAGAAAAUCAGAUCUUGUACUCUCCAAGAAAAUUGCUGAGUUAUUAGUCAGCAUUUAUAGGCAGAUUUUCACUGUUGAAAAUAUUGAGGAUAAGCCUAACCUGCUCAGCCCACAGAAUUUAAAUGUGAAUCUUCACAUUCUCAGGACCAAUCUGCUCAACUUAAUGCCAACGAUUGGACUCAAUGCAAUGAGACAUGAUAAUGACCUCAAAAACGAAGAAAAACAGAUAUUUGACUUCAUUGAAUACCUUGGAGAGCUUCUAAAUGAAAAUGAUGAAGCACUAAAAUACUACUUAAGUUUUCUGCUAAACUUCAUUAGCUAUGACGCAAAUGAACCUCAUUAUGAAAUGUUUGUCAGGCGUGCUUUUGGAAUUCUGUCUGAAGGUAUUGUCAGAGAUCAGUACAGUCCUUCCAUAUUAUUUGACUUACUGCCAGAACUUUACUCAAAGACAAGCAACAUUGUAGAUCUGCGGUAUCACAACAACUCUUGUAUGAGUUUGGUCUUCUCCAUGAAGACCUCUGCAUCUCUUUUUGAAACAGCAGGAAUGUUCAUUUUGCAAGUCUCUUCCCAUAUUCUUGGAAAAGAAGUCGAAGCCGAAACUGAAACUGAAGAAAAAUCAGAAGAUAGCUUCAUUAAGCCUAACUUAAGUAUUCUAAUUCCUAAUGAAUCAGAAGCUGAAGCUGAUGAAGAAAAAGAAGAAGAUUAUUCUGAAAAUGUAGAGGAAAAAGAAGAGGAGAAAAUGGAGUCUACUCCCCUCGAUACUGAUACCAGAUUCUCACUGAGAGCUAUUGAUGAGGAGGACUCUAUCCUUGUUUCACCAUCGAAAAUAAGACAUCAAGUGAUUACAUUUGGUACAGUUCAAGAGCUGAUUCUCAACAAGAUUAUGGAUUUGCUAAACCAUAACCUGCUUUUUGAUAUUUCAAGGAUUGAAAAGCAUAACAAGGCUGUCAAAGAUGCUGUAAUAAAGUCUAGCCAGGACCUUGAUGUGCAAGUGAUUAACUUUAUCAUCAAUGAUUUACUACCUCAUUCCUAUAAAUUAGGAAAGCAAUUUGAACACACCUUAGUGUCAAUCAUAGAUAAAGGAUGUAAUGGGUACCUAGAUACUCUCUCAUCUCCUGGAAUCAACAUGUUCGGAUCGAGCUCAACUGUUAUCGCUCAAUCAAAUAGUCUGAGCACUUACUGCUUUGACAACCUGUUCCAACUUUGUAGCUACAACCAAGUUAAGAAAGGUAACCUCAACAUGAAAGAAUCCAAGAGGUUAAAAUUAGAAGAAAUCAGGAAGAAAAUAGCUAAAACUACAACCCCUGUUCUUCUUGAAAGGUGCCAAGAAACUCUAAGUAAAUUUCUGUAUGACGAAAUGAAAAGUGGCUCUAUAAUGAUGUCCCAACAGAGAGCUGAAGAAGUUGUGUUCAUCAUGGAGAAACUAAAAGAACUUGAAAUUUAUCCUAAUCUUCUCAAUGAAAUAGUAAUUGACAAUAGUAAAGCCCCUACGUUGACUGAGGAGCAAAUGAGAGCCAGGAAUGAGACUCUAGGUAGCACUAAAGGGCAUCUCUACUUACUCAUCCCACUCUUCUCAGAAUUCAUCACCAGCAGAGAGGACAUGAUCAAAGAUAUGCUGAAAGAAAUCUUCAUGGAGAUUGCCCUCUCCAAAGGCAUCCAUGAUCAUAUGAAGUUUAGCAAUGUCCAAGGCCUGGGCUUAACUAAAUAAUUGAACUACAAUUCAUUUUCAAGCAAUUUCAAUUAA